UUGACCUUUGGGGUGAUGCUGGUCUCUAUAGGUUGACCUUUGGGGUGAUGCUGGUCUCUGCAGGUUGACCUUUGGGGUGAUGCUGGUCUCUGCAGGUUGACCUUUGGGGUGACUGCGGUCACGGUGGGUCAUGUUUGACUCCGCCUCCUGGUCAGUGAUUGAUGGAUGGAUUGAUGAGGGAAACAAAUUUCUCUGUCUUAUGUUACCGGCUGGUGCUGUGUGCGGUGGCCGUGGAAACGGUUGUUCUCGGUGCGCCUGUAUCAGGUGACGCAGCUUUUGUCCAGCAGCCUGUGCUGGUGGAGCCAGGUGCGUUGUGUCCGUCAGCGCUGAUGUGUGGAUGAUUGAUGCUGAAUGAAAGCAGAUGAUGACAGGCGGCUCUCUGAAGCCCUGCCUCUGAUCUGCGGCUCCGUCGGUCCUUCUGGAGUUACCGGCUUGUGUUCCCAGGUUACUGGUGAUGCAGACGGUGUUGCUCCUCCAUGGGAGCGGAACCAGUCCAAACGGACUGACGGAUCAAGAGGUUUUCUCAGGAAGCCAUGGAGGAACCUGAGGAUCAGAGCCUGUGCUCAGACCAGCGCUCAGCAGGUCCAGCAUGGGCCUUCCUCCACAAGCCCAUCAUCUCCAUGGUGAUGGGGUCUCUGAUGUCUGCGGCCGGCGCGCUGCUGCUCCUGCUCCGCUCCGCCGGGGUGAGCGGCGCGUCCCGGUCCGUGGCGUCGGCCUGCCUGUCCGUAGGGCUGAUGUUCGUGGCGGUGGGCCUGGUGUGGAUCCCCGUCCUGAAGGAGAAGCACCGGCGGAGACGCCUCAGCCAGGGGCUGGAGGACGAAUGUUGAGACCUCUGGGGUCGGCCGGGUUUCCUUCUGGUUUUAAGGAUCUGCCGGGUCCAGGAGAGGAUCUUCCUGCUGCUCUCAGUGGGCGACAUGCUGGCUGUUGUCUUCAGCCUGGAACUGGAGGAAGACAUGAGUCUGAGAUGAAGAGCAGGGCUGAGCCGGUCAGUCACAGAGUCCAGCUGCUUUCCUUCCAGGAUCAACUUCAACUGGGAGCCGCA